AUAAAUUACAAAAAGGGAAAGAAAAAAAAGAAAAUAGCACAAACGAGAAGCAAAGCAAAACAAAGAAAAGCAAAGAAUAGCCAGAAGGAGCAUCGGCAGCCGCUCUCUGAAAGUUGAUGCAACAGCAACUGCUUCUCCGACGGCGAUGCUAGAAACCGACAUUCACGAUUUGUCCGAUGAUGCCGAUUACGCAGCCUCACAGCAGCAAGGUUCUGCAAGCAUGAUGCGGACCGAUAGCGGUCGAGGAAGCUCAUCCAGCGAACCUGAAGGUGCUGAGGUUGUUUAUUCUAAAGAAAAUGUGACAAUUCAUCCUACGCAGUUUGCGUCUGAAAGAAUUAGUGGAAGAUUGAGGUUGAUCAAACAAGGAUCGUGUCUGUUCAUUACAUGGAUUCCUUAUAAAGGACAAAACUCAAAUGCGAAAUUAUCGGAGAGAGAUAGAAAUCUUUACACCAUCAGAGGAGUGCCGUUCACCGAAGUCAGGUCUAUCCGUCGCCAUACUCCAGCAUUUGGUUGGCAAUACGUUAUAAUCGUAUUGUCGUCAGGACUUGCAUUUCCAUCUCUUUAUUUUUACAAUGGAGGAGUUCGGGAGUUUCUUGCUACUGUAAAGCAACAUGUUUUUCUUGUGAGGUCUGAAGAAGAUGCAAAUACAUUCCUAGUGAAUGAUUUUCAGAAUCCUCUUCAGAGAACUUUAUCGUCUUUGGAGCUGCCAAGGGCUGGUUCGAUAGCCAGUGGACCCGUUUCAUCCAUUUCAGUUGAUGAGUCUCCAUCAAAUGCAGAAAGGAGGGCUGGUGAAGAUUCUCAUGAUGAAAGAUCCAAAAUUUCUCGGUACAGUGGGAAACAAAGACAAAAGGUUCAUGAUCCAGCACGUGACCUCCCAAUUCAAAUUCUGGAAAAAUUUUCUCUUGUCACCAAAUUUGCACGAGAAACAACUUCACAACUAUUUCGUGAAAAUCAUAAUAAUGGUUUUAGUGCGGAAGAGAUGCGAAUCCAAAAUCAAUCUUCUCUUGAUUCCCCUCAGAGACCAUCCAAUGGUUUAGAAAAAGUUACAGAUGACAGUCCUGUUGUCCAAGAACCUAUUCAGUUUGAUAAAUGGACCCUAGUGUGGGGAAAGCCACGACAACCACCUCUGGGAUCUGAAGAGUGGGCCACUUUCUUGGAUGCUGAGGGACGAGUUAUGGAUUCAAAAUCCUUGAGAAAGAGAAUAUUUUAUGGGGGAGUAGAGCAUAAUCUACGAAAAGAGGUAUGGGCUUUCUUGUUGGGAUACCAUGCUUAUGAUUCCACGUAUGCUGAGAGGGAAUAUCUUCAAUCCAUCAAAAGAUCAGAGUAUUUGACAAUAAAGAACCAGUGGCAGAGUAUCUCCCCGGAGCAGGCAAAAAGAUUUACCAAAUUUAAAGAAAGGAAAGGCCUUAUUGAGAAAGAUGUGGUGAGGACAGACCGAUCACUUUCUUUCUUUGAUGGGGAUGAAAACCCUAAUGUGAAGCUUCUGCAUGAUAUUUUGUUGACCUACUCAUUUUAUAACUUCGAUCUUGGAUAUUGUCAGGGUAUGAGUGAUUUUCUUUCACCGAUAUUGUUCGUAAUGGGCGAUGAGUCAGAGUCAUUUUGGUGUUUUGUUGCUCUAAUGGAACGCCUUGGACCAAACUUUAAUCGUGACCAGACGGGCAUGCAUUGCCAACUUUUUGCAAUUUCCAAGCUGGUAGAGUUGUUAGAUACCCCAUUGCAUAACUACUUCAGCCAGCAUGAUUGCUUGAAUUAUUUCUUUUGCUUCCGUUGGGUUCUCAUACAGUUCAAAAGAGAAUUUGAAUACGAAAAGGUCAUGCAUCUAUGGGAGGUAUUAUGGACUCAUUAUCCAUCUGAGCACCUGCAUCUGUACAUUUGUGUUGCGGUCUUGAAGCGCUAUCGUAGCAAGAUAAUGGGGGAGCAGAUGGACUUUGACACGCUCUUGAAAUUUAUUAAUGAGUUGAGUGGUCACAUUGACCUUGAUGCUGCCAUCAGGGAUGCAGAGGCUUUAUGUGUAUGUGCUGGAGAGAAUGGUGCAGCUAACAUCCCUCCUGGAACCCCUCCCUCAUUGCCAUUGGAUGAUGGUUCAUAUUACAUUCAGCAAGAUGAAGUCUUAUAGAGAUAUUCAUUCUAUUCCUUGUUGAUUAACAAGCCCUGGUAGUCCAAUAUAUUGGAAAACAAAGAAUUGCGCAUCUGUUAAGUAGCUUAAUUUUGUAGGAAAGUAUGGAUUUUUAAAUUUUCCAUGGUAUCAAUCUAUCAUAUUAUAUGAAUGUUCCAUGAUCUCUGACGAGCAGGCAA